AUGCUCGCUUCUUCGAUCGGUGAGUUGCCUCAUAGAGGCGCUGUGGAAAUAAACCGGCACUCGUCUCAAUCACAACCUGGAGCAGUCCCCGUGACAGGGUUGCAUGAUCAAGAGAGUAAGACCUUCCUAGAUGCCGCUUGCACGUCAGUUUUCCUUCCUCACAUCAACAUCAGCUGUAGGGCAAAUUCGGUUGGAACUCCGCGUAUGGACAGUGAUGACGCAGCAUCUGUGUCCAAAGCAAAGUACAUCAAGGAACAUUUCGUUGAGCCAGCUUCCACAUGA